GGGUGGGCGCGCGUGUGCGCGUGGGGCGUGGGGGUGUGCCCGCGCAGUGCCCCCCGCGUGGGCUGCCGGGCGGGCGCGGGCGUGAGUCACGGCGGCGCUCGCCUUUAUAACCGCCCGGAGGCUCGCGGCAGCAGCCGGCCAGCCCACCGCUCCGCGCUCCCAACCGCCGCCAACUGCCGCCGGUCCCGAGGGCGCCAUGAGGAGCCCGCACUGCGCCCCGCUGCUGCUCCUGCUGCUGCUGCCGCCGCUGCUGCUCACGCCACCCGCCGGGGACGCCGCCGUCAUCACCGGGUCAGCUGAAAGAAGUAGUCUUUCAAAGACUUCUCAAGCACUUUUUCGAGACGUUCCAGCCUGGAACCUUACAAUUCGAGGGCCUCCUCUUUCUGACAUGCGAAGAGGCAAGCGAACGCCCCAGGCCUGUGGCCGAGGAGUUUGCCCCCCGCGCGUCCACCGCAGAAACCCUUUGAAAUAACUUGGCCCGAGGCCAUGGGUGCGCUUUGAAAAGCAACGUGUGCGCUUCCUUCUGGGUUCUAGAGCAUUUUUUCAGCGCCUUGAGGUUCUCCCUGGAAGGUUUCCGUUUCCAGUCCCUGAUAGAGAGCCUCUGGUGCUCCGGCAUAACUUCAGUGUAGGUGGCCAUGUCACUGCUGCCACUUGAAGACAUCGUCAUCAGUUUGGGAAGAAGGAACUAAUUCAGUGUUCUCCUGCUCCCACCAACACUUUUCUUUGUGUGGACCCGAAGGAUGAAUUUCCAGUAUAAAAAUUAAGUCUGGUCUUUUUUAUAUCAACAGCGCAAAACCGCUCCAGUGCCCUGAUGGGUCAACUGCUUUACUCUUUUUUUGCCCAAGUCUGAAAUUAUUUUACCCCUCCAUUAAGUCACUUCAAAUAUAUAAGUGUGCAUUAUAGGAUUUAAAUCAAACUUGUACUUUGAAUGUUACGUGGAUAAGGAAAUGACAUUUACAUUGAAAGGAUAUAGCAUUGUCUUGAGAAAAUAGGGCUCCUUGUCUCCAUGUUAAUUAAUAAGCUUAGGUCGCAUUGUGAGUCCUUGUGCUAUAACAGUAUUUGGUUCUAUCCCAGAAACACUUAAUUCUAAGUGUUGUGAUAUUUAUUAGAAUAGUUUGGAUUUUUUUUUUAACAAAAUGUAUUUGAACAGCUUUGUCAGAGCUGGUGUGGUUGAAAAAAAAGUUUUUACACUCUUUCUAAUACAUGAGAAUUGAAACAGGAUUGGUUUUCCCACCUCUUCCCCUGCUGACUCAUUUUAAAUUUCUCCUAAUCCUCUGAGCCCAAAAUUCUUUUGCAAUAUAAGUAUCUUUUUGUUGCAUUCACAGGACAACACAGUUUGAGUAGGUCGGCAGUGGUUUAAGGAUGAAAGGCAUUAGGAAAGAGCUGUCUAAUUCAGAAUACAUAAACCUAUGCACUUCUUGGUAAAUAUUUCUAAGAACUGAAGCUUCUGUUACAAAAUGAAACUUUUAUCACAUUGGAUGUUUAUCUAUUACAAAGAUUUAGACUGAGCUUGUUAUAUAGUUAUGUGUGCCGUUUUUUUGUCAUUUUAACACAGUGUUGCAAAAAGAGAAUUUUUUUUUAAAAUUCUCUAAAGCAACAUGGCAAUAAAGAAAUGUAGUUAUGUCUCCAUGACAGGAACCAUCUGGAGUGAAAUAAAAAACUAACUUAUCUAGACAUAUUGUCUAUAGGAUGUUAAACAUUCAAGUGAUAGAUUGAAUUUUAAAAGUUUUGAUUGUCUUAUAAAAAGAGCUGGUGGAGCUUCAGAAUUUGAUGUCUUGAGCAUCUGUUGAAAUAAAAUACUGCCUGAAACCUCCACCUUAAACAUUUACAUUUUUUGGUAUAUAUGUAAUCAUUUUAAAAAUUAUUUAUAUGUUCACAUCGAUUUGUUAAAACCGUAUUAGAAAAAAUCAUGUACUGAACAUCUCAUUUAUGGAAUGUAAUGGCCAUGGAUACAUGAUUUCUGGCAUACAGAUAAAAGUGGGAAAUGCAAAUGUUUAGACUUUCCUAUUAAUGUCCAAACACUCCAAGGUGCAAAUUGUCUUCUGUCCAGAUAAUUGUCUUAAAUAGACUGAGGAAAAAAAU